AUGGACGACAAUAUUUUUUCUAGUCGUCAUUAUAAAAUAAACCAAAUUUCUAUGCGAGUACUUGGUAUUUGGCCUGAACAAUCGUCUAUAGCAAGAAUUUUUCUUCCCAGUUGUUUUCUUUUAUUAAACGUCAGUUUAUACAUACCUCAAUUGAGACAAUUGAGCAACUUUUGGGGUGACAUCGAUCGAAUGAUGGAGGUGAUUACUAGUUGUGGGGUGAUGACCGCAAGUACGAUCAUGAUGGUGAAUUCUAUCAUGAAAAAUGAGGAGAUUCUAGGGCUCGUUAAUCGCAUCCGACGCGACUGGCAAAAGUCCACUAAUCCGGAGUUGUUAACGAUUUUAAAUCUAUACGCCAACAGUGGACGACGCAGGACCAUUAUCCAUACCCUAAUGAUGUACGGUGGAGGCGUGGUAUUUUUUAGCUUGCCUCUCUCACCCAUGGUUCUUAAUGCUAUAGUACCAUUGAAUGAAUCACGUCCAAAAAAAUAUUUAUACAGCGUUGAUUACGGAGUAAAUAACGAAGAGCAUUACUAUUCGAUAUUGCUACAUUCGUGGGUAGUCACUUUCUCGUGUAUGUCAAUUUUCGUCGGUAUCGAUUCAAUAUUUGCCGUUUGGGUUCAACACUGCUGUGCACUUUUUGAAAUAUCCGGAUUUUAUUUGAAGAACAAGCUUCGAAACGUUGAUACUCAUCGAGGCGACGGAGAGAAAUCUCAAAUUUGCGAAGAAACUGUACGCACGAAUUUACGUUCCUGCAUUAAUCAGCAUCAAGUUGCGUUACGGUUCGCGGAUCAAAUAGAAUCCGUGUAUUCGAUAGUGCAGGCUGCUGAGAUGGGAAUUAGCGUGAUGCUUAUGAGUGUGUCGGGUCUAUUGCUCGUUGUUAAAUUGAACAACAUCGACGAUGCGGUACGAUAUUCAACGGUAGUAGUUUGCGUGUUGUAUCGCUUGCACCAUCAGACUGUGUCCGGUCAAGAUAUGAUCAAUCACAGUAGCCGAAUCAGCGAAUACGCGUAUGGAUGUGACUGGCAUAAAUUUCCACUAAAGACUCAAAAAUUAAUGAUGCUAAUCAUGAUCCGAGCUCAAAGACCUUGCGCCCUCACAGCAGGCAAAAUUUAUGUAAUAAAUAUGGAGAAUUUUAGCGAGAUCGUCAAAACAUCUGUCUCGUAUUUCACCGUGCUUUCUUCAGUUCGUGAAACAUCACCACCUUCGUGAAUUCGGAUUCAAUUUUUUGUCAACUCAUUGCAGGCUUGGUUGAAAUGAAGUUAUUAUCUAGAGACGCGGCAGCGUCUUGAUG